AUGUCGUCUCCGAAAAAUUGUCUCUUUUGUCAACCUUUAAAAAAUUCUGAACCGGAUCACGAUUGGGGUUUAGUACUAACAGAAGCUGAAUUAGAGAAUCUACUGAUGACCUGGAAGCUUGCCAAUGAUUCAAGAAAAGAAAAUUUCAUUCUCAAGUCAAAACUAGAAGCUGUUCAACAGGAACUCAAAGCUUUAAAAAAUUUCAACGAAAGCUUAUUAAUUCAUCAAAUGGCUCUCAAACUACUGCUGGAUGAAAAAACUCAAAAGUACAAAAACUGUGAGUCAUUACCAAGUCGUCACAGAACGAGACGCAAUUCAAUAUUUCUUCAAGGACGCAUCGAAGACAUGGCAGAUGAAGAAAUAGUUCAAGAAUUUGAGAAAGUUGCGCUCGAACAGGAAAAUGACACCGUAGCUGAAGAAGAAUCUGAUGCAGAUCCCUUCGCUGAAUGGGAUAUCAUUGAAGAUGAACAUACUACAAAAUUAAGGAACGAGGUUUCUGAGCUCUGUAAACAAGCAAAUGUCUUGAAAAAAGAAAAAAUUCUGCUGCAUCUUCAACUUUUCAAUUGUCAUGAUAAAAUGAAUGAAAUGGAAGAGCAUAUCAGGAGUCUCAAAAUUAAUCAAAGCGCGGAAAUAAUUAAUUCUGAAAACACAAAAGUAUUAGAAGAAGAAAAUUUGAAACUCAAAAAGGAAUUGGAAGAAUCUAAAGCACGCGAAGAAAAGCUUAAAGAAGAAAAUGAAGAACUAAAGGAAAAAUUGGCUGUUUACGAAAAAGAAAUUGAGGAACUUGUAAUAUGA